AUGCAAGUUUCCAUCGCCUGCACAGAGCAGAACCUGCGGAGCCGGAGCAGCGAUGACCGGCUGUGCGGCGGGGGGACGCGGGGCCAGGGCAGCGGGGGGCAAGGCAAUGGGGGGUACCAACCCCCCGGCAAGGGACCCCGGCUAGCCAUGGGGCCGCGGGCGCCCGGGCAGAACCUGCCCCACAUCGCCUUCCUCCUGAGGGAGUCCACCGGCCGGGCCACGGGCAUGAACUACAGGAACCUUGGCAAAUCGGGGCUUCGUGUUUCCUGUCUCGGCCUGGGUACUUGGGUAACAUUUGGGUCGCAGAUCUCAGAUGAGAUGGCGGAAAAUGUGCUCACCAUCGCUUAUGAGAACGGGGUCAACCUCUUUGACACAGCUGAGGUCUAUGCUUCUGGCAAAGCAGAAAAAACAUUGGGGAAUAUCUUGAAGAGCAAAGGAUGGAGGCGUUCAAGCUACGUUGUCACCACAAAGAUUUACUGGGGAGGCCAGGCUGAGACGGAGAGAGGCCUGUCGCGGAAACACAUCAUUGAGGGGCUAAAAGGCUCUUUGCAGCGGCUUCAGCUGGAGUACGUCGACAUUGUCUUUGCUAACCGGAUGGAUGCCAACAGCCCCAUGGAAGAAAUUGUACGUGCCAUGACUUACGUGAUCAACCAGGGGAUGGCCAUGUACUGGGGCACCUCUCGCUGGAGUGCAAUGGAAAUCAUGGAGGCGUAUUCCGUGGCACGGCAGUUCAACCUCAUCCCACCUGUGUGCGAACAGGCAGAGUACCACAUGUUCCAGCGGGAAAAGGUGGAGACACAGCUGCCAGAGCUCUACCACAAGAUUGGAGUGGGGGCCAUCACCUGGUCCCCGCUGUCUUGUGGACUCAUCACAGGGAAAUAUGAGGAGCGGGUGCCUGAAAACUGCCGUGCCGCCAUGAAGGGGUACCACUGGCUGAAGGAGAAAUUGCAGAGUGAAGAUGGGAAGAAGCAGCAGGCCAAAGUGAAGGAACUCCACCCGAUCGCAGACCGCCUGGGGUGCACAGUGGCGCAGCUGGCCAUUGCCUGGUGCCUCCGCUCUGAAGGCGUCAGCUCUGUCCUGCUCGGGGUCUCCAGCACUGAACAGCUCAUUGAGAACUUGGGGUCCAUCCAGGUCCUGACCCAGCUGACACCCCAGGUCGUCCAGGAAAUUGAUGCGCUCCUGGGCAACAAGCCCAAUGCAAAAAAAGAGUCCCGGGCGUAGGGACACAUUGGCGCCCGGGACUUUGCACGCUGUUGUCCCAAAGGACUGCAUCGCCUCCUGCUCCUCCUCUGGUGGGCUCCUGGCUCUACCUACCUACCCCUCCCUGCCCCACAUGCUCUCCCACCAGCUGCCGCCUCUCAACUUGGCGGGGGUGGGCAACGAGGAGCCGCUUCGCGCAUGAGAACCAAAUAACCGUAUACUUCCACGGCGGGCGAAGUGGGAGGGUGCCGGCGGGUUAGCGCUGGCCCCCCUGCAGCCGUCUGCUUAGAUUACAGUACAAAUAAUAAGGCAUGAGCAACCCAGCUAUGGGACUGGCGGGUAAGAGGCACCGCCUCCCACUAGCGCCGGAACUGCCGGCCGCUUUGCCUCUCUUUCCCAUAUCAAUACGCCUGGUUUUUAAACAAGGAGCGGGCACAGUGCAACGAGGCAACAUGGGGGGGAGUGGGAAAAAUAAGCACACAGCUGGUGUAUGAUAACAAUUGAGCAUCCUUAGUACAUAUUUACCCUCGCCGACCAAAGUCCCGUCUUGCGUAAUGAGUCAUUCCAUUUACUGUACUUUUUUUACUUUUCUCCUCAGCAUCUUGUGCUUUCGUUGGGGGGGGCACCGCACCACCUUCAUUUGUGGGUUUUAUGAUGUUUUGAGGGACCGCAGAGGAGCCAUCGUGUGCACGACCCAGUGGGAAGUCCUCUCGGCGAAAUGAAUGGGAGCUGCGCAUGAGCGGGAGGGGCGCCAUUUUGUAUUUCCUGCCUCAGGCACUGAAAUGUCUUAGGCUGGCCUUGUGUGAAGGCCCCAGUGAGGACAUAGCUCAGAUAGUCCCUAUAAACUGAGGGAGAAGUAGAGGGACCCUCCGUGCCCCUGUCUCUGGUGGGGAUAUUGUGAAGGGACAGUGCCCUUCACCCCAAUUUUUCAAAUGUAACCUUUCUAGAGUCCUUUUUCAGAUACAAAUAUCAGCUUUCUUCCCCUUCCCAGCUCUUAUUUCCAUUUCCCCCCCCCCAAAAAAUAUUGCCUUGCCUCUCCAACACAACCUUCUCCCUUCACCGUCUUUCCAUUCCUAAACAUUUAAGGUUUAUUCCCCCAGGGAAAAUAAUACAAAUCCUACAUUUUGAGGACAAGGGGGGCUAGGACUUUUUGAAAGACAAAUUUGUCCAUCAGUUCGUAUGCUUAACUUGGGCUAGUCAUGGAUUUUUAUUUUUAUUUUCCACGGAGGGAGUGGGGAAAGGGAGGGACGUUUCUGCAGUGCAAAAUCAUUGCCAGAACCCGCUUCCCCUUUCUCACCGAGUGGAGAGGAUUACGUUCCUCCAUUUUGGGGGGCUAAGAAGGCCCAAAAUUCAUGGUUGUCGGGCAGAUCAGCCCUUUGGGCAAGCAAAAGCCAUUUUGCCCGCAAGCUCCACUCAGCUGCCCCAAAGCGUAAUUCGUAAUGUCUUUAUUUGGUUUCGCCUAAUCCUUUAUCUAAUUUGCAGCUAUUCUCCUCACAAAAUGCCAUUACAAAUCCCCCCUGUUACUUUUGGCAGGAAAGCAAAACUGGCUCCCUUCCUGCUCCUCAGGAGCAGCAGAAGCAGAUGGCUGAGAAGAGAGAGAGAAAAAGACAUUUCUCUCUCCUUCCCCCUCAGUUUCCCUCUGUGGUUUUUCAUUUUGCCAUGAAUUUCCUCCCCAGAGGCCGACACCACCAAACCUUCCCGUUUUGUCGCGGAGGUGGAGGCUGCCUUAUCACUUUGGUUCUGACUUAAUCUCUCUCUCUCUCUCUUUUGCAUUUCAUUUUUUAAACAGAAUUCCAUAUUCACCCUCCACUAGGGAAAGAGCCAUCUCUUCUUAAAGCAAUAAUAUAUUGAAAAAAAGCGUCAAAAAAAAAGCGUCCUCAGGGUCAAAGGGUCACCUUGGGGCAGUGGGGAGAGAGGAAAGCUAGCAACCAAGUCCCCCCCUGAACUCCCUUGCUCCUGGGGGAGCCCUGUGACACCCCUUUUUUUGCACAACUCAUUGCUUUGAAUCUGCUGCGCUUCCAGGGCAGGGCCACUGUGGCACCUGUCCCCCUCGCACUGGCUGCAAAAAUUAAAUUAUACGAUGCUGUGUAUAUAAUAUAUAUAUUUUCUCUGUCGAGAAUGAGUCUUGCUUCGAGUUUUACUCUAGAGUAGCACUUCUGUCGCUUCCAGGAGUCUCUGCAGGGGGUUGGGGUGGGUCUGCAGGCCAGAACUGAGGCUGCUUGGGAUUUCUAAGAUGGCACCCACGCACACCCCUCUCGGUUCCUCAGAUCAUUCCUCAGCUUUCUUUAUUGCAUUGUCCACCAAGGGAUAGCUCAGUCAGUAGAGCGUGAGACUCUUAAUCUCAGGGUCACGGGUUUGGGUCCCACAUUGGGCGAAAGAUCCCUGCAUCGCAUGGGGUUAGACUAGAUGACCCUCGUGCUCCCAAUUCUAUUAUUUAUGGCACACCUGUUAUUCUGCAGGGAGCUCGAGGUGGUUUAUGCGGGUCUCCUCCCCUUCCUCAUUUAAUCCCCACAACAACCCUGCAAUGGAGAGAAGAAGGCAGCCCAAGAUCAACACCCUAUAAUCUUCAUGACAGAGUGGGAAUUUGAAACCUGGUCUCCCAGGUCCAAGUCUGACACUUUAACCACUAUGUCACACUACAAUCUUUAAAGGCUUUGAACAUAUCUUGUUAUAUAUCUAUUUAUACCCUGCCUUUUACCCCGACAGGGACUUGAGGCAGCUUACAGAUAAAAUAAGAACAGCUAAAAACAUUGGGGGGGAGGGUUUAAAUUAAAAAUAUUACUAUGAAACAUUAAUAUAAUUAAGUAUAUGUAUAAUCUUUAUAUCGGUGGGCUCUCCUUCACUGGAGGUUUUUAAACAAGAGGUUGGAUUGCUGGCAGUCAGAGAUUCUUUAGCUGCGGUUCCCUUUCCAACCCUACAAUUCUUAACGUUUUUAAGAUUCUAUCUGCUUGUAGCCCAGAUUUGUACCCCACAAAAGCUCAGGUGCAAGGAAUCUGUUUAGAAACUGCAUAGGAAACCUGUGUCAGGGUGGGUGGGGGAGGGGGGGACUGAAUAUACCGGUAUUCAAUUUUUAGAAGAGUUUUCCAAACCGACAGGCAGGUAUUUUUAAAAGGCAAAAUGGGGUUCAGGUCAGUUUUGCCUGGGAGCUGGACUCCUGGGCUCCUGUCCCCAGAUCUGACUAGGUUGUACAAGGUGUUUCUCUGUGCGUGAAUCUAGUAAUAUUUAGCCGCCUUUCGAUAAUGUUCUUUUGGAUCCGUAAAGGGAAGGGGGCUAGGCAAAAAAAGCCCUGAAAGAUUUCAAAGCGCAGAGCUCGUUCCAAGGGAGAGCAGCUCCCUCUGCAGCGCAGCAGAGGCAUUGCAGGCCUGUGCACAAAUUGCCCCUUUCCCCCUAAAGGAGAGAGAAAAGAGCUAUUUCUACUAAAAAGCAGUCCCCCUGCAGAGACCACCUUGCAGGGAUUUUUUUAAAAUGCUUGAUAUAAGUAGAAUGGGCACGUGGCUUUUAAAGAGGUUCUUUUUUGCCCCUUUUCUUCUUUUGGGG